CAAAGGAGAGAGAGAGAGAGAAAGUGGUUUCACACCGACACAGAUUUAGCGGAAGAAGGGUUGCGGAAAGACGAACCUGUAUUUUAACUCUCCGGGAAUAAAUUAAACGAGGCGGGAUUAAAAAAAAAACUAAGGUGUGUCUCAUGUGCAACACGAGAGGGGGGCGACUUUUUUAAAUUUUUAAAUCGCAGUCGAUAAGUCGAGGCGUGAACCCGAAAGGAUUCUGCAUGUAUUUUCUCUGGGUGUUGUGCGGAAGAGUGCUGUAGAUGCAGCCGUCGUGUUGCUCUGUUGUUCACGCAUGAUGGGAAAUGCUGCCACAGAGCCGUGCGUGGUGAAUUGUCAGUGUUGGUGAGGCUUCGCCGGGGCAGCGGCGGUGCGUGCGGUAGACCCCAUCCAUCCAUCCAUCCAACCAACCAGCAAACAGCCAAAACAACACCAAGGGAAUAUGAUGCACCAUAAAAUUGGGAAAUAUAAACUUUGUGCGCGGGGCUCAGCGUCUUCUCAGCGGCUGGGACAUUGAAAGCAUGGACAGCUACAACAAGAACAGCGAGGAGAUACAACACGAAUGUUAAGGAGUGAAGAACAUGCCCGGUGUUUUGAUUGUGUGAAUAUUCUGCUGGACAUUACGCACACCCUCAGGGAAUUACGCACACCCAGAGGAACCUGUAGCCGGGACGCCUGUCUGUGUUGUGAUGCGUCUCUCUUUCCUUGCUAGUCUCAGUUUUGAUUUCUACAGCAGCACCGCGCUAUCCUACCAUGACUCGCUUCGAGGACGAGCCUUCCAGCCGGUAUGGGGGGGGUUGUCCCCCGGGGCUCGGCCGCGGAGGGGGUCGCCAGCCGGGCCCUCCGCCACCAGGGCCGCGGGUGUACAAGCAGUCCAUGGCACAGAGAGCCCGGACCAUGGCUAUAUACAACCCAAUCCCGGUGAAACAGAGCUUCCUCACCGUAAACCGCUCCCUUUUCAUCUUCAGUGAGGAUAAUUUCAUCCGAAAAUACGCCAAAAAGAUUACCGAGUGGCCUCCGUUUGAGUACAUGAUCCUGGCCACCAUCAUCGCUAACUGCAUCGUUCUGGCCCUGGAGCAGCACCUGCCUGCCUGUGACAAGACGCCCAUGUCAGAACGCCUGGAUGACACAGAGCCCUACUUUAUUGGAAUAUUUUGCUUCGAGGCGGGCAUCAAGAUCAUUGCUCUGGGCUUUGCCUUCCACAAAGGAUCCUACCUGAGGAACGGCUGGAACGUCAUGGACUUUGUGGUGGUGCUAACCGGGAUGCUGGCCACGGUUGGGGCCGACUUUGACCUUCGCACCCUGAGGGCCGUGAGGGUCCUACGGCCCCUGAAGCUGGUCUCUGGCAUCCCCAGUCUUCAGGUUGUCCUGAAGUCCAUCAUGAAGGCCAUGGUUCCUCUGCUCCAGAUCGGCAUGCUCCUCUUCUUUGCCAUCCUCAUGUUCGCCAUCAUCGGCCUGGACUUCUACAUGGGGAAGUUCCACCACACCUGUUUCCACAAAGACACUGGUGAACUGGCGGCAGACUUCCCAUGCGGCAUGGAGCCGCCGGCCCGGACGUGCCCCAACGGCACGGUGUGCCGGGAGUACUGGAUCGGACCCAACUACGGCAUCACCAACUUUGACAACAUCUUGUUUGCGGUGCUCACCGUGUUCCAGUGCAUCACCAUGGAGGGCUGGGUGGACAUCCUCUACAACGCCAACGAUGCCUCUGGGAACACGUGGAACUGGCUCUACUUCAUUCCACUGAUCAUCAUCGGGUCGUUCUUCAUGCUGAACCUGGUGCUGGGGGUCCUGUCUGGGGAGUUUGCCAAGGAGAGGGAGCGAGUGGAGAAGAGACAGGAGUUCCUAAAGCUGAGGAGACAGCAGCAGAUAGAGAGAGAGCUCACUGGCUACCUGGAGUGGAUCUGUAGAGCAGAGGAGGUGAUGCUGGCAGAAGAGGACAAGAACGCGGAGGAGAAGUCUCCGCUGGACGGGGCGUGGUACAAGAGGAAGCACAACAACUCAGUGCUGAAGAGAGGAAAGAAGAGUAAGAAUGAGCUGAUCAACGCAGAGGAAGGGGAAGACCACUUCACUGACAUAUCUUCUGUUGCCCCCCCAGGGUCUCCGUUCGCGCGGGCCAGCCUGAAGAGCGCCAAGAUGGAGUCGUCGUCGUACUUCCGUCGGAAAGAGAAGCGUCUGCGCUUCACCAUCCGCAGGCUGGUCAAGGCCCAGAGCUUCUACUGGACCGUGCUGUGUCUGGUGGGCCUCAACACGCUGUGCGUGGCCAUCGUCCACUACGAGCAGCCCUACUGGCUCACCUACGCCCUGUACUUAGCAGAGUUUGUCUUCUUGGGGCUGUUCCUGACCGAGAUGUCCAUGAAGAUGUACGGCCUUGGCCCCCGCAGCUACUUCCACUCCUCCUUCAACUGCUUCGACUUCGGGGUGAUCAUCGGCAGUAUCUUCGAGGUCAUCUGGGCGGCCAUCAAACCUGGUGCAUCGUUUGGCAUCAGUGUCCUGAGGGCACUGAGACUGCUUCGCAUAUUUAAGGUCACCAAGUACUGGAACUCUCUGAGGAACCUUGUGGUGUCCCUGUUGAACUCGAUGAAGUCCAUCAUCAGUCUGCUCUUCCUUCUCUUCCUCUUCAUCGUGGUCUUCGCGCUCUUGGGAAUGCAGCUGUUUGGAGGACAGUUUAAUUUUGAUGACGAAACACCGACCACGAAUUUCGACACCUUCCCGGCGGCAAUCCUAACCGUGUUUCAGAUCCUGACGGGUGAGGACUGGAAUGCAGUGAUGUAUCAUGGGAUCAAGUCCCACGGGGGCGUCCACAGAGGGAUGUUCUCCUCCAUCUAUUUCAUCAUUCUCACCCUUUUCGGAAACUAUACUCUCCUCAACGUCUUCCUCGCAAUCGCUGUCGAUAACCUUGCAAACGCCCAGGAGCUAACCAAGGAUGAGGAGGAGCAGGAGGAGGCGAUCAGUAAGAAGCUGCUCCUGCAGAAAGCCAAGGAGGUGCAGGAGGUCAGCCCGAUGUCUGCCGCCAACAUCUCCAUCACGGCGAGUUAUGUGUGCACCCCUGCCCAUCACUACCUGAGUAAGGAGCAGCAGAAGUCCCUGCGGCUGAAGUCGGUGUGGGACAAGCGGGUGGAGGAGCUGCGGCGACACAACCGGGCCAGCUGCGAGGCGCUGUACAACGAGCUGGAGCCGGAGGACCGCCUGCGCAUCUCCGCCGCGCUCAACCUGCAGCCCAACACGAAGACCCACCUGGACCGCCCCCUGGUGGUGGAGGCCGGCGGCGACGGGGACGACGCCGCCACGCCCGCCGCAGGUCAUUCCGGUAACGGCAACGGCGGCAACGGCGGCAACGGCGGCAACGGCGGCAACGGCGCCCAGCACCAGCACCACCAACGCCACCAUCACCACCACCACCCCAAACCCGGCGAAGCCCCCAUCCACACCAACGGGGAGCAGACCACCGACGGCUCUGCCCCCGACGCCCCGAGGACGACGGCGGCGGCGAGCCAGCCGGGCCGGCGCCACCACCGCCACCGGGAGCGGGACAGGGAGCAGCCCAACGAGAACGGGGAUGUGUCCAGGGAGGGGGGCUACCACGUGCACCACAGCCGCGCCAAAGAGCACAACGGGUGCCGGGGGAAGGAGGGCAAGAGCGACAGCAGGUCCCGGAGCAGAGAGGGGGGCUGGCGGCGACACCACCUCCCCCAGCAGCAGAGCUCAGUGGACGAAGGAGGGGGUGGAGGAGACGUCCUGGAGGGCGAGAGGGAGAACAGCCACCACCACCACCACCACCACUCCCACGGGACGCCCCGGGAGGUGAACGGCACGCUGCUCAGCACCGGUGUUGGCGAGGGAGGGGGCGGAGGAGGAAGGGAUGAACGGCGGUCGCACCACAAGGAGGGCCGAGGUUACUCCAAACGGGACGGGGAAAGGGUUUCUCGGGGCGAGUGCAGGACCAACGGGGAGAGGAGGAGACGGCGUGGGCACGGGGUCAAAGGUCACACCGGCGCCUCAGAGGGUGAGGAGGCGGCAGAGCACGACCAGACCAACGGGAACAGGGUUUCCAGGGUUCUGGAUCUCAUUCUGUGUGUUUACCUCCAGAGGACCAAAGGGAAAGACAUCAGCACCAUCAAGUCCCUCCGAGUUCUCAGAGUCCUUCGCCCUCUGAAGACCAUCAAGCGCCUCCCAAACUCAAGGUAUGUUUUGUGUGCGGUGUGUGUGUGUGUGUGUGUGUGUGUGUGUGUGUGUGUGUGUGUGUGUGUGUGUGUGUGUGUGUGUGUGUGUGUGUGUGUGUGUGUGUGUGUGUGUGUGUGUGUCCACCAGGCGGUGUUUGACUGCGUGGUGAACUCUCUGAAGAACGUGCUGAACAUCCUCAUCGUCUACAUCCUCUUCAUGUUCAUCUUCGCCGUCAUUGCCGUGCAGCUGUAAGGCAAGUUCUUCUACUGCACCGACGAGUCCAAGGGCCUGGAGAAGGACUGCAGAGGUCAGUUCCUGGACUACGAUAAGGACGAGGUGGCCUCCAUGCCGAGGGAGUGGAAGAAGUACGAGUUCCACUACGACAACGUGCUGUGGGCCUUCCUCACCCUCUUCACCGUGUCCACCGGAGAGGGCUGGCCAACGGUCCUGAAGCACUCUGUGGACGCCACGUUUGAGGACCAGGGUCCGAGCCCGGGCUACCGGAUAGAGAUCUCCAUCUUUUACGUGGUGUACUUUGUCGUCUUCCCCUUCUUCUUCGUCAACAUCUUCGUGGCCCUCAUCAUCAUCACCUUUCAGGAGCAGGGAGACAAGGCGAUGUCUGAGUGCAGCCUGGAGAAGAAUGAGAGGGCCUGCAUCGACUUUGCCAUCAACGCCAAGCCGCUGACGCGCUACAUGCCCCAGAACACGCACUCCUUCCAGUACCGCAUGUGGAAGUUUGUGGUGUCGCCGCCGUUCGAGUACUCCAUCAUGAUCAUGAUCGCCCUGAACACCGUGGUGCUCAUGAUGAAGUUCCAUGGAGCUCCUCCGUUCUACGAGGCCAUGCUGAAGAACCUCAACAUCGUCUUCACCGCCCUCUUCUCAAUGGAAUGUAUCCUCAAAAUCAUCGCCUUCGGCCCAUUGAACUACCUGAAGGACGCCUGGAACAUUUUCGACUUUGUGACGGUCCUUGGCAGCAUCACAGACAUCCUGGUCACAGAAAUCAACGAUCGGCUGUUGAACCUGAGCUUCCUGCGGUUGUUCCGGGCGGCUCGGCUCAUCAAGCUGCUGAGACAGGGUUACACCAUCAGGAUCCUGCUGUGGACCUUUGUCCAGUCCUUCAAGGCGCUGCCCUACGUAUGUCUGCUGAUCGCCAUGCUCUUCUUCAUCUACGCCAUCAUCGGCAUGCAGGUGUUCGGGAACAUUGAUCUCAACGAGGACACGGCCAUAAAUCACCACAAUAACUUCCGCACCUUCCUGCAAGCCCUCAUGCUGCUGUUCAGGAGCGCCACGGGAGAGGCCUGGCAUGAGAUCAUGCUGUCGUGUCUGAGUCGGCGGGCGUGUGACCCGGGGUCAGGGAACAUAGCCAAGGAGUGUGGCAGCGACUUCGCCUACUUCUACUUUGUCUCCUUCAUCUUCCUCUGCUCCUUCCUGAUGCUGAACCUGUUUGUGGCGGUCAUCAUGGACAACUUUGAGUACCUGACCAGAGACUCGUCCAUCCUGGGACCGCAUCACCUGGACGAGUUUAUCAGGGUUUGGGCCGAGUACGACCCCGCUGCCUGUGGGCGUAUCAAGUACCUUGAUAUGUAUCAGAUGCUGCUCCACAUGUCCCCGCCCUUAGGUUUGGGAAAGAAAUGCCCGCCAAGAGUCGCGUACAAGCGCCUGGUGAAGAUGAACAUGCCCAUCGCUGACGACAACACAGUGCACUUCACCUCCACGCUGAUGGCGCUGAUCCGCACCGCCUUGGAGAUCAAGCUUUCCUCAGGCAUGGUGGCCCAGCGUAUGAGUGAUGCGGAGCUGAAGAAGGAGCUCUCCACCGUUUGGUCCAGCCUGUCCCAUAAGACAAUGGAUCUGCUGGUCACUCCUCACAAACCCAAUGAGCUGACAGUUGGGAAGGUGUACGCAGCUCUGAUGAUCUUUGACUACUACAAGCAGAACCGAGCGCGUCGGCAACAGCAGCUACUGCAGAAUACCCCUGGCUCGAGCAAGGUGGGGUCUCUGUUCAAGCCCCUGCUGCCUCUGACUCACCUGCAGGAGAAGAACCUUCCCAUGAUGCUCGACAGCGUGGAUCCCCCAAGCAUGCUCCUUCAGACCCAGGCACGGGGCUCCGCUCCCCCCUCCACCUCCAGGCCAAACGCCCUGGGGGUCAGACCCGGCCCGGGGGUCAGACCCGGCCCGGGGGUCAGACCCGGCCCGGGGGUCAGACCCGGCCCGGGGGUCAGACCCGGCCCGGGGGUCAGCACCCUCACCAACGGGGGAGCUUUGCCAGGUCAAGAGGUCAACGCCCAGGAGUCUUCCUCCUGGUUGCCAGAGAGGACGAAGGACGCUCCCCGGGGGAGGGGUAAACGCAAGCUCUCCAAGGGCCAAUCAGACGACACGCCGGACGCCGCCCCUCAGGAGUCGGUGGAGCUGAUGAAGAUAGAUUCUAGUGCCAUCAGUAAAGGGGCAGUGCCGUGCUUAGGGGAUCUGGGCCCGGUGGCCCUGGGGCCCGGGGCCCCCGCCGGCCAGGGGACACCUGGCUCCGGGCUGCAGAGCCAGGGCAGAGCCGUGUCCAUGCCCCGACUCAAUACUGAACUACAGCGGAUGAAUUUGCACCCAGGGACCCUGGCUCCCGUUCCUGACAACAGCCCGAUGAGACGCUCCGUCUCCACAGUUGCGCCACAGCGCCUCCCAGAGGUCAAUCUGCGGGAGUUCACCCUGGAGAAGCCCAGCCAGGAGCGGAGCCACCACCACCACCACCAUCACCACCGCUGCCACCACCGCCGGGAGAGGGACCGGGAGCGGGGAGAGAAGAAGCAGAGGUCCCUGGACAGAUCGCUGGGCGGACAACACGCCACUAACAGUACUACAGGUACCCCAGGGGAGCCACCGAUGGACCCGGCCCAGGCCAGCUCCUCCUCCUCCAGGGACAAGGCCCACGAGCGCGGCCGCUCCCACGACCGGAAGCACCGCCACGCCCCCGGGGAGAAGCAGCGCUACUACUCCUGUGACCGUUACUGCAGCCGCGACCACUGCCACGCCAAGUCUGCCAACGCCAGCUGCGCCACGUCGCCCAGCGAGAUGCACGACGCCGGCUUCAGCAAGCAGGGCAGCGGUUGGGUUAGGGGCAGUCUGGCCACCCUCAGCUCCACCUCCAGCACGCCCAGCCGCGGCCGGCGGCAGCUGCCCCAGACCCCCCCCAUUCCCCGGCCCAGCGUGGCCUACAAGACAGCCAACUCGUCCCCGGUGCAGCCCGCGUCCGAGCCCCACUCGGUCAGCCCGGGCCGGCUGAGCCGAGGCCUCUCGGAGCAUCGCGCCCUGCGCCACAGCGUCUCCUCCUACCGCCACGUCCCCUGUCCAGUCACACGCAUCAGCUCGGAGCCCUUCCUGGGCCAGGGAUACGGCUACGAGCCCCUGCUGGGCCCGGGCCAGGGCGGCUACUGCCACGGCUACCCGCGCAACGCAAGUCCCUGCAGUAGCCCCCAGGACGGGUCCUCGCUGUCCCCCGGCUCCCGGCCCCCGGGGCCCUCCACUGGGGCCGGACCACCUGAUUACGCCGGGCCCUCGUCAUCCCCGCGGUACAGUCGAAGGGGCCCCAACGGAUACCACUUUAGCUUCCCCAGCAGUGGGGGGCCCCGGGCCCCCAGGUAUUACCAGGAGGUGGAGGAGGACGAGUGGUGCUAGCAUGGCUAUAACUAAACAACCCACGCUGGUGGUGUUUUCGGUUUGGUUUCUUUUUUAUUAAUAACAUAUUUAUUUGAGGAAUUGUGAUGAGUUUUAUCAUCCUUCUUUGGAGGCUUUGGUUUACAUGGUUGUGUAUGCGUGUGUGCGUGCGUGCUUGCGUGUGUGUGUCCGUGCGUGUGUGCGUUUCAGUAAGAUUUCUUUGUGUGCGUGCAUGUAUCUCGUGCUUGACCUCUACCCUAGAUGAAGGAGAGAAAAAGACGAUGUGUUUUUGUCGGAGAGGUCAUAUUUAAAAGUGUAAAAAAAAGUAUACGGGACCCAUUUGAUAGAAAAGUGAGAAAAAAGUUUGGGAAGACCAAUAAAGUUUACUUGUUUUGGUUCUGGGACUCAACCAUCCAAUAACACUGCCUGUUCCUUAGAAACAUUCCCUGAGCGGACAGACAUGUCUUCACUUUGAUGUCUUCACGUUGAUUCCUCUCCUGCCAUUCUGUUCUACUGUUUCCCUCAUUGACUGGAAGCAAAGCAUGGCAGAAAAGAGUGAUGGGAGAUUGCUUGAUUCACUUAUUGUUUUUUUUUAUUAUAGAAUGUGUACCUGUAGUUCUGUUGUUAUCUUUUUUUGAUAAUGUGAAUAUUUUUUUGUAUGACUGAAAAAAAACGACCAGAGGAAAAUGUGUUUAAAAAAAAGCAUUUGUUGUUUUGUUUCAGGUCAGCCGUUUUUGUUACGUAGUGGUUUGCAAUGUUUCCGGAACAAAGUGCCUCUCCUUUUAGAUAAUACUGUAGACACAAAAGAUGCAACAUCCAUUGAUUUCUAUGGCGGCAGAUCCUGAGCAGCCGAUUGGUUCCCGAUGUAGCGCUCCAAGGAGAACCAGUCGUACAGGGCGCCUUAAAGCUCACGCCUCACCACGCCGUUUACGUUUCUAACGCGAGCAACUGAGCACCUCAUGCUUGUUCUCAUUCUUCUCUUUAUGUUUUGUCCUUUCCAGGAGUGUGACUGUCACUCAAAAUGUAUGAGGGUGGGUUGUACGCCAAUGGACUAAACACAAGAACACUACCACUUGAGAUAAUGUCAGUAACGAGCGUGCAUGUUUGUGUAGAAGGUAGCGCUCGUCUCAUUUGUGUGCUUGUUUUCCUCUGUUGCCUUUCCUCUUCCUGGUGCGACUGCAGCCGCACAUUAGGAAAGCAGCAUGCAGGAGUUUAGGGAUGCAAGACCCAAAAUGGCUGACACGGAUCUACUCCGGCUCUCAUUGGCUGUCUUAGUAAGAGACAGGUCAGGGGGGUGUAUGUUUGAGGGUGUGUGUGUUUGAUUGUGUGUGUGAGGGGCUAAUGGGGGAGUGCAGAGAGAGAGAGAGAGAGAGAGAGAGAGAGAGAGAGAGAGAGAGAGAGCACAUGUGGGUUUAACUGUCUAUAUUCUGACCUGUUCAUCUUUAGCUUCCAUUCUCAACAGAGUAAUGUACCAAACACUGUCCCAACUUCAACAUGCAACCUUUACCAUUUGCACAGUGGGUGGACAACAACGUCCAUAGCCUACCGGCGCCACGGCGUACGGAUAUCUAUACAGAUACACUGGCUUCCGGAGCACACACAGCGCAACAUGCAACUUCAGACAAGGCUUUGUUUCCACUGAGACAGACAGAGAGGUAGGCCUGUCGAGGUUAGUCCCCUCCCCUUUUUGAGGGGAGAGAGGGGGAGAGAGAGAGAGAGAGAGAGAGAGAGAGAGAGAGAGAGAGAGAGAGAGGCCUGUUUUGAGGUGAUCACAGUCGGUCAGAGGUUGAGUUGACCGGCGAGUGACUCUACACCCAGGGAGUUCAGUGUAGGAGAGCAGGGCUAUGCAACACGGGUGAUGGUCGAGAGAGAGAACAGAGACUUUAUCUGUCCAUUCUGUAGCUUUACAUGCUGGUCUUCACAGAAUCAGACAUCAGCAUGAACGUGACCAAAUGUUUUCUAUAUAUAUCUAUACACAAAAGUUACGAAAACGCAUACAAAAAGACUACCAAUGAUUACCACGCAUAAGGUGAGACACACAACGUGUAAAGCAGAAAGAAAAACAAUACUUAGGAAUACAGCAACUUUAUAUAUCUGCAUGCAUUACAUUUACCCAAGUAUCCCACGUUGACCAAAUCUGCCGCCGGCAUCAGUGAUUCCAGAUGGAUGUCAGUGUGUCUGUCCCUUUUCGGACUGGGGCCUCGGACACGCGGUAAAAACAUGGUAACUGCCGACGUGAACACGACUCGUCUUGAUUUACGUUUACAUCACAUUCCAUAUAUUCCACCGGGGCCCCAAUUUACAGGCAGGCAUAUAAUUCUUUUUUGAAAACGAUUUGUCAUCCAAAUAGAAAUUACAUUUAAAGCGUUGACAUGCCUUUGUCAACUAUUGGCGGUUCACUAACUAACUGAUUUUGUAUCUCUGCAACACGGACAAUGUAGGAUUUAUUUUGUCUGCUAUUUUUUUUUCCGUGCAUGUUCUGACAAUGUAUGUGCAUGUAAAAGCCUUGGUACUUUUUGAUACUAUGUAUUAUUUUUUUGAUUUUUAAUAUUUGAUAUAAAUAAUGCGGGAUUGUUGAACAUUUCUAAUAAAAAAAAAGGUAGGCUAAAUUAACACAGUAUUGAACAAUGAACAUUGUUGAUAGUUCCGCCUGUGUCCCAGAGCUGGAAGAAAUUUACGUCUUCGGAUACACUGACUUGUUGCCUGAUUUUAUGUUUCUCAGCCAGAUUUUGAAUUCUGCAGUUGUUUCUACAUUUAACAUUUUGUAAGAAGCAAAGGUCCUUGAAAUAAAAAAAAGAAUAAAAUCAAA